AUGGCGCUUAGUUCAGGUUCAGUGUCUCUCCUUACAAUCUGCUAUGAUGUUCGCGCCAAGAUCCUCGAGUACGUCCUCAGUAGCCCUCGCAGAAUCCGUCCAAGAUGGCCUCCAGGAUUACAAUAUCCUUAUCAUGAUAUUGUCAGUGUUUCUUUAGCUUGCUGGCAAUUGCACGACGAGGCCAAACCAAUAUUCUACAAGCAAAAUACCUUUUACAUCAACUUUCCAAUCGACUACCGACAAUUUAAUCACAGAACCGGCGACGGCGAUAUACGUGAGUUGAUUUCCCGUUUGAGAAUCAUCAUACAGGGAUGAAUACAGUGAGUUGACCGCUGACACUUCUACAUAGUGCCUGCGUUAAUAAAAUCGACGGAGCCUCGAGCACAGGAGCCACUUAUACAAAAUUGCGCCCUUCUUGCUCUCACGCCGUUCUUUUGGGAGUCAAAUGACUUCUUCGAUCAUUCAAGAGUCUCUACGAGCUCUUGGAUGGAGCUCUCGAUAAAUCACUGUCUUCGCAAUCAGCUGUUUGUACGGAUGGGCAAAUACAAAAGCUUCGAACUUGUCUUCAAGAUGGCACAUUCAUUUAAGCUAUGCGAGGGUCACCUCAAACAUCACCUCAAAUUUCUUUAUAAUAUAACCAAAGAAAGAUACGUGGAGAAAUAUUUCUCGCUAUUUAACACAAAACAGCACAUGUCCGGUGAACAAGCUUGCACCACAAAAAUGAGCGCAGAUAAUAGAGCAAGAUUUGCUUCUCGUGCUUGUUUCCCGUAUAACUCACGUCACCCCGCACGUUCUGCCAGGGAGCAAGAUGCCUUUGUUGAGGAGAAAUUGAAUCUUGGCUUCAUCAUGCGUCAUGUCUUGGGGAUAGACUUUACCAUUUCUUGGGAUUCUUUUCAGUGGAACGGACCGCCGCAACAGGAGGGCACUGCAAAGAGAAUCGGAUGCGACUGGGCCAGACUUGAUUGGCUAAUUCAGUUUCAUUUAACAUUUGGUCAGGGCGACGUGAGUGCUCGUAAACGCUUGGGUUGGCUGCUCUACAUGGGGCACAGCGAUGUAAGAAAUUUGCGGGAGGGAUUAGCCAAAGGUCGUAAAAAACCGAUAGAUAUGCCUAGCUCUGUGUAG